CCCGUUUUAAAGUUGCCAAUUUUUAUAUAUGAUUUGAAUUGUUAAAUUAAAAAUGCUUGUUUUUUACAGUUAUUUGGCUCUUGUAGCUGGUUUAUCAAGUGAAGCUGAUUAUAUUUUUAUACCUGAAGCUCCACCUAAAACCGAUUGGCCCGAAAGAAUUUGUCAGCAAUUAAGUCAGGAGCGUAAUGCAGGUCAACGCUUAAAUAUUAUUAUCGUCGCUGAAGGUGCUAUCGAUCGUGAAGGUAAACCUAUUACAGCUGAAGAUGUGAAGAAAGUUGUGGUGGAUAGAUUACAACAAGAUACUCGUAUCACUGUUUUGGGUCAUGUACAACGUGGUGGUAACCCUAGCGCAUUUGAUCGUGUUUUGGGUUGUCGUAUGGGUGCUGAAGCUACUUUAGCGCUUAUGGAAGCUACACCUGAUACUGUACCAGUUGUCGUUUCGUUGGAUGGUAAUCAAGCUGUACGUGUACCACUAAUGGAGUGUGUUGAACGUACAAAAGCUGUUGCUGCAGCCAUGGCUGAAAAGAAUUGGGAAUUGGCUGUAAAAUUGCGUGGCCGCUCUUUUGAACGUAAUUUGGAAACUUACAAAAUGUUGACUCGUUUGAAGCCACCAAAGGAAUCAUUUGAUGCUGAAGGUAGAGGAGUGGAAGGUUAUCGUCUUGCCGUUAUGCAUAUUGGUGCUCCAGCAUGUGGUAUGAAUGCUGCUGUACGUAGUUUUGUGCGUAAUUGCAUUUAUCGUGGUGACACAGUAUUUGGCAUACAUGAUGGCAUUGAAGGUUUAAUUGCUGGCAAUAUUAAAGAAAUGGGCUGGUCCGAUGUAACUGGUUGGGUAGGACAAGGUGGCGCUUUCCUUGGUACGAAACGUACACUCCCAGAAGGCAAAUUUAAGCAAAUUGCUGCUCGUCUUAAAGAAUUUAGAAUUCAGGGUUUGCUUGUUAUUGGUGGCUUUGAAUCAUAUCAUGCACUUGGACAAAUUUCUGAUCAACGUGCCAAUUAUCCAGAGUUUUGUAUACCAUUAGUUGUUAUACCAUCAACAAUUUCGAAUAAUGUUCCUGGCACUGAGUUCUCACUUGGUUGUGAUACUGGCUUAAAUGAAAUCACUGAAAUUUGUGAUCGUAUACGUCAAUCUGCACAGGGUACUAAACGUCGCGUUUUUGUUAUUGAAACUAUGGGUGGCUAUUGUGGUUACUUGGCAACCUUAGCUGGUUUGGCUGGUGGUGCUGAUGCUGCCUAUAUUUAUGAAGAGAAGUUCUCUAUUAAAGAUUUGCAGCAGGAUGUUUAUCAUAUGGCCUCAAAAAUGGCAGAAGGUGUACAACGUGGUCUUAUCUUGCGCAAUGAGAAAGCAUCUGAGAAUUAUAACACCGAUUUUAUACACCGCUUAUAUUCAGAAGAGGGCAAAGGAUUAUUCUCUUGCCGUAUGAAUAUUUUAGGUCAUAUGCAACAAGGUGGCUCACCAACACCAUUUGAUCGUAAUAUGGGCACAAAAAUGGCAGCUAAAUGUGUUGAUUGGAUAAUUGAUCAAUUCAAAAAGAAUACUAGACCUGAUGGUACAAUUAAAUGUGAAACUAACGAUUCUGCUUGCCUGCUCGGUAUUGUACGUCGUCAAUAUCGAUUCACUCCAUUGGCAGAUUUAAUUGCUGAAACUAAUUUCGAGCAACGUAUUCCUAAAGCACAAUGGUGGCUUAAAUUACGUCCUCUCUUAAGAAUCUUAGCUAAGCAUGAUUCUGCAUACGAGGAAGAGGGUAUGUAUAUCACUGUCGAAGAAGAAUGUGCUACAGAUGCUGUUGCUUAAGCAAUAAAGAAAGCUAUUGGCAUCCCAAAGAGGCAAUAUAUGCCAGUUUUAUCAACAAGGACAGUUAUAAUAAACAAAAAAAAA